UUACCCCCCCCCCCCCCCCCCUCCCCCUUUUCCGUGGAUGCGGCUGUCGGGGGUCGGUGUCUGAGCCCACGCGCGACCCGACUGUCAAAGGGCAUUCGUGUUUUCUCCGCUUCUCACACAAGUGCAUGAGGAAUAUUUCCCCGGAGAUGCUGCUGUUGGUGCACAUUUUUGGGUUUUUACCCCUGACUGGAGCGGCUCCGUCCCAGACUACCGAGCAGCUGGACACCGGCGUGGACUGGCUGAGUAAGUUCGGCUACCUCCCGCCCCCUGACCCGGCGACCGGUCAGCUUCAGACCAAGGAGGCCCUGACCAAGGCCAUCAAAGCCAUGCAGAAGUACGGAGGGCUGAAGGAGACGGGAGUCUUAGACCAAUCCACACUCGGUCUGAUGAAAACACCCAGAUGUUCUUUGCCAGAUGUUUCGGAGGCGGAGGGGCCGCAGGGCCGCAGGAAGCGCGGCCUGAACCCUCAGAACAAGUGGAGUAAGAGGCAUCUGUCCUGGAGAGUGAGGACCUUCCCCAAGGAUUCGGCCUUACUGGGCAGGGACACGGUCCGAGCCCUGAUGUACUACGCCCUGAAGGUCUGGAGCGACAUCGCACCCCUCAACUUCCACGAGGUGGCCGGCAGCGAUGCUGACAUUCAGAUAGACUUCACUAAGGCCGACCACAACGACGGCUAUCCCUUCGACGGGCCCGGGGGCACGGUGGCACACGCCUUCUUUCCCGGGGAGAGGUUCACGGCCGGCCACACGCACUUUGACGAUGACGAGGCCUGGACCUUCAGAUCCUCAGACUCUCACGGGAUGGACCUGUUCGCGGUUGCGGUGCACGAGUUCGGUCACGCCAUCGGCCUGGUCCACACCUCCGCCAUGGAGUCCAUCAUGAGGCCGUACUACCAGGGUCCCGUCGGCGACCCCCUGAAAUACGACCUCCCCUAUCAGGACAAGGUCCGCGUCUGGCAGCUCUACGGUGUCAGAGACUCGGUGUCCCACACAAACAGACCUGGCAACCCGUCCCAGACAGCUGAGCCUCCCGUCCUCCUGGACCUUCCUGAAAACAGAUCCACUCUCCUGCUGGCAGGAGAUGCCCCAGACAGAUGCACCAGUUAUUUUGAUGCCGUGGCCCAAAUACGAGGAGAGGCCUUCUUUUUCAAAGGAAAGUACUUCUGGCGACUAACGAGAGAGAAGCACCUGGUGUCUCUGCGCCCCGCUGAGAUCCACCGAUUCUGGAGGGGCCUCCCUCCCAAUCUGGACAGUGUGGAUGCUGUAUAUGAGAGGCCCGGGGAUCACAAAAUAGUCUUUUUCAAAGGUCUAAAGUACUGGGUAUUUAAAGACAAUAACGUGGAGGAGGGCUACCCUCGUCCAAUCAGUGACUUUGGCCUGCCCUUGGAAGGAGUGGACGCGGCCUUCGUUUGGUUACACAACGACAAGACGUACUUCUUCAAGGACAGCUACUACUGGCGCUACGACGACCACCUGAGGCGUAUGGACCCGGGCUACCCUAAGGACAGCACGCUGUGGAAGGGGCUGCCGCCGCAGCUGGACGACACCAUGAGGUGGUCGGAUGGCUCAUCGUACUUCUUCAAGGGGAAGGAGUACUGGCGAGUGCCCAGCAGCGACAUGGAGGCGGAGGCGGGAUACCCCCGCCUCAUCGCCAAAGACUGGCUGCUGUGCACCGAGAUGCAGUCGGACUCUCCGGACCUGGAACCCAAGGGCACGGAGACGAGGGCCAACGUGCACCGCCAACCGGACCUCGCCGACAACGGGUACGAGGUGUGCUCCUGCACCUCCGACGCCGCCUCGCCUUUGGGAGCGCGCCCCUCCCCGUCGCCCCUGUGGCUGCUGCCGCCUCUGUGGACGCUGUGGCUGGCCCUGCGCUCGGGACCGCUAUGAUGCCAAAGCGCGGGACGGAGCACUCAACACACGGUGGCCAAACAUAGACUCAUUGGUGGGGGGAGGGGGGUGGACACUCAACUCAAACUGGAACAUUUUGUUUGUAUAAAUAGGUUUGUUUUUUGCUAUGUUUUGCUGUUAUUUAUUUCACUUGGCAUUCAGUGGUCAUUUAAAGGGCAUUGCUCUGUGGAUAGUGCAUACGGUUGUCAUAUUGUCACACUGGGAUAUACCUAGUGGGCCUCCACAAUGCUAGCGCCGCGCUUCACAAAUGGAGUUACAUGGAACCAUAAGUUUCUAUCUCUCAGUUUUCUUCUUGAAUGGCUGCACUGUGUAAUUGAGCGGGGCUGUCCUGAAAGCAAAAGCAUCUCGUUUUUUCCAUGUAGAACCACUUUACUACAAUGACGAAUGGCAUCCCUGGAUGUAGGAAACAGGUGAAUGGUAACUCCAGAUGUUGAUAUGUGACGGGGGAAUCCAUUGAAA